CCUGUAGAAGCUUGAGAGCUGAUGGGAACACAAGGCGGCAGGUGAUUUGUUCACUCCGUGCCAAACAUAAUCCGGACACCAGGCGGCUGGUGGCGAGGCAGAUUUCAUCCCCAUCGAGCCCGGCGUUUCAGCAGGAACAGGGGGACUCAGCCGGCAAAGCGCCAAGGGAAUCUACUGUUUUAGGAGCAGGAAACGGAUGCAGGAAAGCGGGGGGGAAAAAAAGACAAGAGUGAUAUACAUCCAGAAAUAGCAUCGGCCACAUUUAACUGACAGGGAGUGACAGUGUGCAGAACCUGAGACCUGAACAGAAGAUGCCUCUCCUUUCUAACUUAACGGCCGUUGUGUUGCUGCUGAUCGCCCACUGCGGAUCUUGGGCCGGUGGAAGCCGCUGGGGGCCCUUCAAGGUCUGUCCCUCUUGCAAGGACCCCCUGGGGGUGGGCCGGCCCCCGAGGGACCACGACGUCGCCGGCAGCACAACAGUUUUGGCCCAGGGGGAGCCGUGUGGCGUGUACACCCUGAGCUGUGCCAAGGGGCUCCGCUGCAUGCCCCCACCCAGAGAGCACAGCCCCCUGCAGGCUCUGUUGCAGGGACGAGGCGUUUGCGCCAAGCACAUCAGAACUAGUCCCACCGAGAGGCCCCACCCCACAGGUCCACAUCCCUCACACUUUGGUGACCUUGAAAAAGCACCCUGCCGCAAGCUGCUCAACAGCGUCCUGAGGGGUCUGGAGCUGACGAUCUUCCAGUCUGACCGCGACAUCUACAUUCCCAACUGUGACACCCGGGGCUUCUACAGGAAAAAGCAGUGCCGCUCCUCCAAGGGCAUGCAGCGUGGCCACUGCUGGUGUGUAGACGAGCUCGGCGCGCCCGUGCCUUCCCGUGCCAGAGAGGAUGGCACUUUACUAUGCGAUGGGGAGUGAGAGACACGUCUGCCCGACUGCUCUGAGCCUGGAGAAGGAGAAGGAGGAGGUGGUGGUGGUUGAUGGGUGGAGGAGCUGGAGCACAGGGAGGAGAGGGCGGGUGGCUUUAGCAUGUGCUAGACACUGCCUGGACAGGAGGUAACAGGGAUAAACCACUCCCUAUGGGGAAACUACACAUUCAUGCCCUCUCUUUCUCUUGUCUCUUGCAGCAAGAUACUCUCUUUUAUGGUCAAGCAACAGUAACAUCUGCCUGAAUGUCAAACAGCUGCAGCAGCGUCCUCUGCCUCGUCUCUGUGACAUGCUGCAUGCUCGUGUUAACGCUCCGUGAACUGCCUCAGCGAUGAUUUAAAAACAAAACAAACAAAAACACCCUCCGUGUUCCCUGACUGUUGUCCCGGCUUUUCUCCUCUUUUUCUUCCUUUUACACUUUUUAGGGAUAGCUGACACUGCCUGUGUUUGUUCUGAUCUCAGUGGGCUGAAAUACUGUUAGGUAGGUGAUGUGACACAAAAACGUCUGGAAAAUCAUUUUUAAAUUUAAAAAUGUGUCUCCCUCACCGUCCUCUCUCUCCCGCUCUCCAAAGAUACACUGAUAUCGCCAUAAAUGACAGAAAAAUAUAAUAAAAUCUUUUUUUAUUAUUAACUUAUUUUUGGGGAUGUAUUGACAUCAAUAACUGCUUGAAUCCUAUAGUAUCAAAUAUAUAUAGAUAUAGAAAUACAUGUCAAGUCAGAAAAAAUAUCUCUAAGAGUGCAUCGGUUCAUUCUGACUGCCUAUCAGUUGUUUCUUUGUACAUAUGUUUCAAUUUUGUGGUGAAGUGGCAGACAAAAAGCUUACAGCUGUUACUCUUUUUAAAAAAAGUUGUAAGGCAUAUUUUUCUACACGUCAGUAUAAUAUUUUAUAUAUAUAUAUAUAUAUAUAUGAAUUGUUGAUUUAUUUAAUGAAGCUAUAAUACAAUGCCAUGUAUUUUUAUAUUGUCAGCAGUUUCUUAUUUAAAUACAGAGAUUAUUUUAUUUCAUGUCGGGGUGAAGACGCCUUUUUGGGCCACAAUACAUUCAUUAGAGCUCCAUUAAACUGCUGUACAUGACAUGUAACGGUUCUAACUCAUGUUUAUCUCUUAAUUUUUUCCUUUUAGUUAUGUUUUUAAGGGGUUAAGAAUGACAAUGAUUAUUCUUUGUUUUAUUUCGGCAAGUCAAAACAUCAUUUUUUAUUUCAGUACGAGAAAAAAACAGAAAAAAUAUAAGAUUUGUUAGUGUUAUGGUAUGUCUCUGCUGCGUCCUUGCAAAAGUCCCCCAAAAUCUGUGUGCUACUAAAUGAAAUUAAUGCUGUUUCUGACUAAUCUUGUUGUGCCAGUGUGUGUGCUGUGGUGAUGGGUCUCUGCACAGAGGACCUGUAAAACGUUUGCAAAUACAAAAAUAAAACAUAACAGUAAAAAUGGAGAAGAAUAAACAUAUAUUAAUAGAA